GUGGCGGAGAGGGGGGUGGAGCCUGCGUCCCCUCGCCGCCAGCCAAUGGCAGCGCCGCCGGCGACGGUCCAGCGGCCAGCCGAGGCUGGCAGCCCUGCAGCGCGGCCAGCCCCCCCUCCGGAGGGAGGACGUCAGCAGGACGAGCAGGGAGCUGCCCUCUGCACGCCGGCCGCCGCAGCCGCAUUCGCACCCAGGUCGCCGUCGAGCCCGGACGUGCUCGCGGUCAUCAGAGACCCUCACGGUGGUGCGAGCCGAGAGCGUUGCGUGUGUGCGUUUUGUUUAUAGUGCGUGGUAGUGAUUUUAUAUAGUGUGCGUGAUCAGUGAUGGACUCCUGAGCGACAGUGAGCAGUGAAACGACCCCCCGUGUGGAUUAACCAGCCACCUCUUGGACUACUUCACCACCUUCACCACCACCAACCCCCCAGCGACGAGAUGCAGCAGAUCCAGACCGCGCCCCCGCCCCACCUCAUGGACCUGAGGCUGCACCCCGGCGUGCACCUCCAGCCGCAGCCGCAGCAGCAGCAGUCUGAGAAGAUGACGACCUCCAGCCGCAUCCUCUACGACAUCCCGUGCAAGGUUUGCCGCGACCACUCGUCCGGCAAGCACUACGGCAUCUUUGCGUGCGACGGCUGCGCGGGCUUUUUCAAACGCUCGAUCCGCCGCAACCGCCAGUACGUGUGCAAGGCCAAGGCGGAGGGCAGCUGCGUGGUGGACAAGACGCACCGCAACCAGUGCCGGGCGUGCCGGCUGCGCAAGUGCGUCGAGGCGGGCAUGAACAAGGACGCCGUGCAGCACGAGCGGGGGCCGCGCAACUCGACGCUGCGCCGCCAGAUGGCCAUGUACCUCAAGGACGCCAUGCCCGCGCACCACCCGCACCACCACCACCUGCCGCUGCACAUGCCGUCGCUCGGGCCGCCGCUGCCCAUGGCCGCGCCCCUCGGCGGCCACCUGGGCGCGCUGCAGCCGCCGCACCCGUCGCCGCCCUCGCCGCUGGGCUCCCCGCGCGCCGGCCCCGCCCUCAACCUGGCCAUGCCCAAGCUCAGCCCGCGCAGCGAGGACACGAGCGGCACGGGCAGCAGCCACGGGUCGUCGCCGCCGCCGCCGCCGCCCGGCCACCACCACCACCUGCACCAGGGCGCCGCGGGCGCCGCGCACCCGCGCCUGCAGCCCGGCCUGCAGUACCCGUCCGCGCACGCCAAGAACACCGUGUGGCUGCAGCUGCAGCUGCUGGGCCUGGGCGCGGGCGCCGGCGGCAACCUCAGCCCGCCGUUGCCUAGCCGCAGCCCCGCGCGCAGCCCCGCGCCCGCGCCCAGCCCGCCGCCGGCGCCGCUCCCCGAGACGGUCUGCGAGGCCGCGGCCCGCCUGCUCUUCCUGAACGUGCAGUGGGCGCGCGGCGUGCCCGCCUUCACGGGGCUCAGCAUGCGCGACCAGCUGCUGCUGCUCCAGGAGUCCUGGUCCGAGCUGCUUGUGCUCGCCGCCGCCCAGUUCGCCCUCCCCGUCGGUCAAGACGUGCUCGGCCUCGGACACGAGGACUGCCGCCUCGUCCUGCAGGACACCCUAGCCAAGUUCGCCGCCCUGGACGUGGACGCCCACGAGUACUCGUGCCUGCGCGCCAUCGUGCUCUUCAAAACAGGUAAGCAUCCCGACCGUUCUCUCAAGUCCUCAACGUACAGCUCUCGCCCCUCAGGAGACAAUGCCACGCCAUAG